AUGGAAUUUUCGAGGAGGCAAAUUAUUGCCAUUGCUCUAUAUACAACAUUCCAAUCAGUGAUUUUUAUAAUUCUGUCAAGUCUCUCAAUACUUUCUUACUUCUGUUUGAUUGAAACUCCGUUUACCUUAUCACCGACAUUUUACAUGAUUCAUUUGAUGUAUUUUAAGUCACAACAUUGUGGAAAUAAAAGCGAUUGGACGCAUUUGAAUGUAAUGAACUAUAAUGAAGUUCAAGCUGACAGACCUGACACAUCAUCAGCUAUCGAGAGAACCUUUAUUAUCUCAAUUUUAUAUUUGAUUCUUUACAGCUGCUUGAUACUAUCGAGUGCUCUUAUUAUUCUGACUCUGAAUCAUCUUGCGAAACGACAUCUCCUAGCAUGCAUUAUGAUUACGUUUCCAUUUGUUCUCACGAUGCUGCUCAUUUUCAUUCUCGACAAUUUUUCAGCAGCUUAUUAUAGUGUUGAUUAUGCGAGAAGUUCUUCAACAUAUGGCGCCAUGACGGUAAUGGAAAUACGAAAUAGAGAAGACAUCCGACCCAUUUUAGAGAAAGUUAAUCCAAAUAUUUUGACAUUUCCAGCUGCAUUGAUGAUGUACACGUCUUUAAAGUAUUAUUUAUUCUUUGUCUUAAAUAUCUUAUCAAUGAUUGUCAUUGUACCAUCUGUAUGGAAUAAUUUAAGUCAAACUAAAGAAGCGAAAGUGAAUGAUGAGAAAUUGUAUAUUUUGAGAAGCUCACAAUGCAUUAAUGUUGAUAGAGAGCUUCCUAUAAAUUAG